AUGUCCUCAUCAGACCCCUCGAUGGAUGACGAAAAGCCUUCUGGCCAUGGUGGCCGCUGGGGCUUUGGACGCCUCUUCGGUAGGGGCUCUGCCGCCAAUGACUCUGACAAGGAGCAUCCGCGCACCUCAAAAUGGAGCAUGGGUGUGCUCAAUGAUCCCGACACUGUUGAAGUUCCAGGUUCAGUUCUGUUGCUAGCCGCUCAUCGCAAUGAGCCUCUCGGCUUGCGCAAUAUGAAUGCUCGAAAUUCGCAUUCCUCGAUUCCCACUGGCUUCCCCGUUGACAUGCCCAUGACGCCCGGUGGUACUCGCCCUAUGCCCGUCCCCGGUACUCCUGGCAAGAAGUCCCCUCUGCCCCCAGAGGAGGAGAAGAAGACCACCGAGAAUGGCGAGAUCAUCUUGGACCCCCAACCCGACGACUCCGUCAACGACCCUCUCAACUGGCCAUCUUGGCGUCGCGACACUGCGCUUCUGACUCUCGGUUUUUACUGCAUGCUUGGCGGCGGUGUCACUCCCAUCAUUGCAGCAGGUUUCACGGAUGUUGCCCAAGCAUACCACGUCGAGGCUGAGACUGUCGCCCUCACCACCGGCCUCUACAUGAUGGGUCUAGGUGUUGGCUCAGUAUUUGCAUCCCCAACUGCCAUUCUGUUCGGAAAACGUCCCGUAUAUCUUGCUAGUGCCAUUCUCUUUAUCGGGACGUCGCUCUGGGCCGGAUGGUCUCCGUCGUUUGCAUCCCUCAUUGCCGCCCGAGUUUUCCAGGGAAUUGCAGUCAGCCCAGUCGAAUGCUUGCCAUCCGCGACCAUUGCCGAAAUUUUCUUCCUCCACGAACGUGCGUUUCGUAUCGGCAUUUACACUCUGCUGCUUCUCGGUGGUAAAAACUUGGUGCCGCUUGUCAGUGCCGCCAUUAUCGGUCGAUUUGGCUGGCGAUGGGUCUUUUGGAUCAUGGCCAUGAUCGUUGGAGUCGCUGGCGUUCUGUUGUUCCUCUUCGUUCCCGAGACUUUCUGGGAUCGUACCCCGACAAGAAAGACAUCCAAUCGGCCAAGCUUCUUCCGUCGCCUUUCUUCUCGAUAUGGCCCACACAAGACGCCUGUGCCAGCCCCCAGAAUCUCAUCCGAGCGGCCUCAUUCUCCUGGUGCUGAAAAUCGUCACCAUGAUCUGCAUGUUGGGUUCGCUCCUGAUACUGAGCACCACGCAGGAGAGUCUCCAGGUGAGAGCCCCUCGCAUGUGCACAACAAGAAUCUCCACGUGGGAUUCAAUGACGCAUCCGAGAUGGAGAAGCAACUGGACAAUCGCAGCCCGCCUGAAAGUCAACAACCGACACAGCCAUCAAUCACCGUCUCGAAGCCUCAGAAGGCAGCUGCUUCUUCGCAGCCUGAUGCUGAUGAAUCUUUGGCCAUCUCGCCGGCAUCUCCAAGCAUGAGCCGUCAAAAUGCGCAGGAUUCAAGUCGCCUACAGACCCCGAAUGGUCGCAAUAGUAUUGGCAAUUCGUCUAGCAAUGACUAUUUUUCCGGCAGGAACACUGCAGACCGAGAGUCCAUCUCAUCUGCACGACUUUCUGCUCCCCCGAAAAUUCAACAAUAUACCCACAACCUUCGUCAGCAGCCUGCUCAGUCAUUCGUCCAACAGCUGAAACCAUAUCACGGGCGCCUCAAUGGUGACAAGUGGCACAAGGUUCUCCUCCGACCCUUUGUACUUUUCGCUUAUCCAGCGGUCCUAUGGUCCGCUGUAGUCUACGCAUGCUCCAUUGGCUGGCUAAUCGUCAUUUCGGAAACCAUGGCCAUCAUCUACCGCAAUCCAGAGACGUACAACUUUACUGCUCUUCAAACUGGUUUGGUUUACAUCUCCCCGUUUGUGGGAGGCAUUCUCGGAACAGGUGUAGCUGGCAAAAUCAGUGACAUAAUUGUCAAAGCCAUGGCGCGCCGCAACGGUGGCCUUUAUGAGCCAGAAUUUCGACUGGUCAUGGCUAUUCCUAUCCUCAUUACGACCUGUAUAGGUUUGAUGGGCUUUGGAUGGUCUGCUCAGAUUCACAAUCACUGGAUUGUUCCUACGCUAUUCUUUGGCAUCGUAUCGUUUGGUUGCUCUCUCGGCUCUACUACAUCGAUUACUUUUUGCGUUGACAGCUAUCGCCAGUACGCUGGUGAAGCUCUUGUCACCCUCAACUUUUCAAAGAACGUUUUGCAUGGACUGGUGUUUAGUCUAUUUUUUAGCCACUGGCUAGCAGAUGAUGGCCCGAAAAUGGUGUACAUCUGGAUUGGUAUCAUUCAGCUCAUUCUUCUCCUCUCGACGGUUCCACUCUUCAUCUACGGCAAGCGAUUGCGCAUGUGGACGGUUCGCAAGAAUUUCAUGGAGAAGCUUUGA